GCGAGGCUAUGGUGCGAGAAAGAAGAGAGUAGGAAGAGAGAAAUGCGUGAUAUUAAGGCAUCAAUACACCAAUCACCUCUUUACUCAUUACCACUGCCUUCCACACACUCUCUCUCUUCUGUCCUAUGACUUGUCUCUGUGCUUUGAUAACUCCUCCAUUCACCAUUUUCCAAAACGGAAAACACAUUAGGAUUGGAGACUGUUUCACACUCAAAAUUCACAAAACAAGGAAAAUAAAUUAAACCCAGCAAACAGACAAAAAAGAGAGAGAAGGAAGAGCACUUAAUAUGUCAAACAAAAAUCCAUAAAGACCAACCCCCCAACAAUGCAAUGACCCAUCACCGCACUCCCAUUACUACUACUAAACCCUCACCCGCCACCCACCACCGCCGCAAUGUCUUCUUCGUCUCCAGACCACUCCACUACCUCCGCUAGCAUGCUGUGCGUCGAAGACGCCAGCGAAGCAAUCUCCGACCACCCCUCUCCGCCCUCACUGGCAGCAGUCUGGCAGCCCUACGACGAUGAUUCCGACAUCAGCGAACUCAUCGACGCAGAGGCGCGGCACAUGGCGUCGGCGGAUUACCUCCGGCGGUGCGGCGAUGGUUCGGUGGACGUGAGCGCACGGUUGGACGCCAUCAACUGGAUGUUAAAGGUGCAGGCAUUCUAUGAGUUCCAUCCAGUAACGGCCUUCCUUUCCAUCAACUACAUGGAUCGUUUCCUCUCCCUCGUCUCUCUUCCGGUACGAUCCAGGUGGGCAUUUCAGCUACUAUCCGUGGCGUGUUUGUCUGUGGCGGCCAAAAUGGAGGAGCCACAAGUGCCUCUCUUGCUUGACCUCCAGCUUUUCCAGCCAACCUUGCUGUUUCACCCCAAAACCCUUCGCAGAAUGGAGCUUUGCCUCUUGUCUAAUCUCAACUGGACACUCCGUUCCAUUACCCCCUUCCAUUACCUUCAUUAUUACCUCACCAACCUCCCUUCUUCUUCUUCUUCUUUCAACCGGUUACAGUUACUCUCCGCUGCCUCCGACCUCAUCCUCGCCUCCACCCGUGUGAUUAAGUUCUUGGAGUUUCCGCCGUCCGCCGUGGCAGCUGCCGCCGUCCUCUGCUCAGCUGGCCACCACCAGCCUCAUGUAUUCCACCACAGAGUAAACCAUGAAAUGGUGAGACGCUGUCACCAACUAAUGGAGGACUACGUGCUGGACACGUGUCCCGCAUCCACCACCAAAGCCACGCGAGGCCACCCGCCACCUCAAAGCCCCGUCGCCGUCCUCGACGUCUCCACCUGUGCCAGCUGCGACACCCCUUCUUCAGCCCACCCCCAACAUGACCCGCCAAACAAGCGGCUGCGAUCCUCUGCCCCGGAUGUACGGCAGCCGUAAUAAGACGACGGGAAACAUCCUCCCAUCAUAUCAUAUUUAUUAUUAUAAUAUAUGUGUAACCUUUUUUAGUAUCUUUUGUCAGAGAGAAGAGAGGUUACUUUUUUUCCCUAUAAAACACUCUAUUUAUAUCUCGAUUAUAAGACCAAGGGUCAUGAUUUGGUAGAUUCUUGGUCCGGCUAAAGGUGACUCUAUUUUUUAUUAUUAUUACUGUGAUUUUUGAAUUUUGGUGUAUUAUCAAGCAUAAAGUAAAAAUCAACCUGUUAAGUA